CGCACGGCGCAUGCAACACGCGAACGCAUACGCGUCGAAGCGUUUAAUGUCAGUUUCGCGGAAUUGCGUAAGCUACUGCCCACAUUGCCGCCGGAUAAGAAGUUGUCAAAAAUCGAAAUUCUCAAGUUGGCUAUAUGCUACAUAGCGUACUUGAAUCAUGUGCUGGAAACGCCAUAAAGUAUGCGACGAUUUGUUGUAACGCUGCUUUAAUGAUCAAUUAACUGUUUGGGAAAACCAGUUUCAAACUUUACUUUCUUCUUGCCAAUAGUUUUAGCUGCAUUGU